GUAUCACGCGGCUACCAUACGGUCCAUACGCGGUUAAGGAUCAUCACCGUCCCUGGUUAAGGAAGGUUCGAAUCGCUUGAUGACGCGUGUAUCAUAAUCAAAACAGCUCGAUUCAUCUUUCUUCCUCACCCAGCUUUUCCUCAGAUCUCUGUAUCAUUUUCUGUAUUUUGCUACGGUAAUCAGCUCAAUCUUUGACACCCUCUUCCGCCUGAAUUACUCUCUAAUCUCCAUUUCUGCUAGAUUUUCUUAAACUUGUGAUUUAUUAAAGCUAUCAGCUAUGGUUAAGGAGACUGAGUACUAUGACAUACUAGGUGUGAGUAUUGAUGCAACUGCAUCGGAUAUUAAGAAGGCUUACUAUAUCAAGGCAAGGUCUGUUCAUCCAGAUAAGAAUCCAGGGGAUCCAAAGGCUGCUCACAAUUUCCAGGUCCUUGGAGAGGCUUACCAAGUUCUCAGUGAACCUGAAAAGCGAGAGGCCUAUGAUAAAUAUGGAAAAUCCGGAGUACCACAAGACUCAAUGGUUGACCCAUCAGCUGUUUUUGGAAUGUUAUUUGGGAGUGAGUUUUUUGAGGACUAUGUUGGACAACUUGCUUUGGCUUCAUUAGCAACAGUUGAGACUGAUAUUGAUUCACAGUUACCUGCUGAGGUCAAAAGGCAAAAGAUUCAGGAGAAACUUAAGGAACUGCAAGAUGAUAGAAUUAAUAAGUUGACAGCAAAUUUGAAAAUCAGUCUCCAACCAUUUGUUGAAGGACGGGUUGAUGAGUUUGUGGAGUGGGCAAAAUCAGAAUCUCGCCGCCUCUCUGAAGUUGUUUUUGGUGAGGCCAUGCUGCACACAAUUGGUUAUAUCUACACAAGGAAAGCUGCAAAAGAAAUUGGAAAGGACAUAAAGUUUAUGAAGGUGCCAUUUUUGGCAGAAUGGGUACGCGAUAAAGGCCACCAGAUUAAAUCGCAAGUCAUGGCUGCUUCUGGUGCCAUCUCUUUAAUCCAGAUACAAGAGGAACUAAAGAAGUUAAAUGAAGGAGAAAACAGAGAAGAGAAUUUGAAUAAAGUUGUUGAAGAAAAGAAGGAAGCAAUGCUUAAUUCUUUUUGGCAUAUUAAUGUUGUUGACAUUGAGGCAACUUUAUCACGUGUCUGCAAUGCGGUUCUUAGAGACCCCACUGUUUCAAAAGAUGUGCUGAAGCUACGUGCCGAAGGGAUGAAAAAGCUUGGAACGAUUUUCCAAGGAGCGAAGUCUAUUUACAGUAGAGAAAACAGUUUAAGGCAUGAGAGCGACGAAGUUGUUGAUGCUUCAUCAUCAAAGUAAUGUAGAAUGUUGUAUAAUGUAUUGUGUCUGUAGUUGGAUCUCAUCAUUUUCGCAUUGAAUCUUUAUUUAUUUCAUUUCUUUAUGACUAAAGAAGAAAUAAUUGGUUUGAUAUAUGGAUUUAUUUCCUUUUGUUUUAUGAAGAUCUGUGUGAUUUUGGGAUA